AUGGCCACCCGCGACCCCGGCGAACUCGCCGCCGACGCAGCCUCCGACUUCUUCCACCAAAUCUACACCUUCCUCGAAACGAUCGUCCUCCGCUUCGUGAAAAACUUCUACGGCUCCUUCGCAAAUGUGAGCGUCAACCGCUGGACGAAAGUCAUCCUCUCCGUGGUCGGCUACCUCAUCGCACGCCCCUACAUCGAGGCCCUCUUCAAGAAGAUGGGCGAGCGCGAUCGCAGAAAGCAGCUGGAGAAGGAGAGGAAGAAGAAGGCGGAGGCGGAAGCCGGCGGGAAGGCCAAGGUGUCUGCUAAUUCGUUGCGCGGUGGGGGUAAGGCUGCUGGGGAGGGCAAGGUGCUUGGUGAGGUGGAGAACACGGAUGAUGAGCUGGAGAAUGAGGAGGGGGCGGAGGAUGAGGUCGAUUUUGCGACUUCUAGUGGCGUGCCGGAGUUUGCGGAUAAUGCGCGCAGAAGGCAGAAGAAGCAUGCGAAGAGCUUGAAUAAGGAGUCGAAGGGGAAGGCGACGCUUUCGGAGGAUAAGCUGAUGGAGUUGUUGGAUUGGAGUGAUUCGGAGGGUGAGGCUACGCCUGCGAAGGAGCAGGCUGCGAAGGAUGAGUGA